GACAAGGUGUAAACGAGUGUUUCCCGAGAGGCCUCGGUUCAGUGAGACCAGACGUGAGGUAGACUAUGUGUUGAUUUGUCUUCCUCUUCUUUCGGGAGCAGCAGUGAGACAGCAUCUUUGCCGGGUGACACAUCAUAUCUGCAAGGGACACCAUGUCGGACAAAAGUGACUUAAAAGCGGAGCUGGAGCGCAAGAAGCAGCGCCUCGCCCAAAUCAGACAGGAAAAAAAGAUAAAGGAGGAGGAGAGGAAGAAGAAAGAGUCAGAGAGCCAGCAGAAGAGAGAGGCCACCCCAGAGGAUUCAGAUUUGGACCGUAAGCGCAGGGAGACUGAGGCCCUGCUCCAGAGUAUUGGCAUCUCACCGGAGCCUCCACUAGUCCCGACCCCUGUGUCACCCUCCAAAUCAUUGAGCACACCCAGUGAGACAGGAAGCCAGGAUUCAGCUGAUGGAGGAGCAGCAGCAGGCAGGACGCUGCAGUGGGACACAGACCCCUCUGUGCUGCAGCUACAGGCUGAAUCUGAGCUCGGGCGCAAGAUGCAGAGGCUGGGAGCCUGUAAGAUCACACAGGUGGACUUCCUUCCCAAAGAGGUGGUCGCUUACUGCAAGGAGACACAGACGCCGCUCACCGCCCACCUGUCUGAAGUGGAGGAGGAAGAGGAGGAUGAAGAAAUGCUGGAGGUGAAGCCAGGCCCUGAGUCGGAGCAGCAGGAUGAAGAUGACAACAGGGAAAACAAAGAAGUUCUGCGGGAGCUGACAGAGGAGGAGAGGCAGCAGAUCCUGCACUCUUCUGAGUUUCAGAGUUUCUUUGACUGCAGCAUCCGGGUGAUGGAGAGAGCUCUGGCCGAAGACGGCAACAUCUUCUUUGACUACAGCGGCCGGGACCUGGAGGACAAAGAGGGAGACUCGGGUAGCGGCUCCAGUCUGUCCUUCAGUAGACUCUUCUACGAUGAACACUGGUCGAAACAUCGUGUGAUCACCUGCCUUGACUGGUCUCUCCAGUAUCCUGAGCUGCUCGUCGCCUCCUAUAACAAUAAUGAAGAUGCUCCUCAUGAGCCGGAUGGUGUCGCACUAGUAUGGAACAUCAAAUUUAAGAAGGCCACGCCAGAGUACAUCUUUCACUGUCAGUCCCCCGUUGUAUCUGUGGGCUUCGCCAGGUUUCAUCCCAACCUGGUUGUGGGGGGGACUUACUCGGGACAGAUCGUCCUGUGGGACAACCGCAGUCACCGUCGGACCCCCGUCCAGAGGACUCCUCUGUCUGCUGCUGCUCACACUCACCCGGUGUACUGCGUGAACGUGGUCGGCACACAGAAUGCCAACAACCUGAUCUCUGUGUCUACAGACGGCAGGAUGUGCUCCUGGAGUCUGGACAUGCUUUCCCAGCCACAGGAGACCAUGGAACUGGUGUACAAUAAAUCCAAACCCGUGGCGGUGACAGGCAUGGCUUUUCCCACGGGAGACGUUAACAACUAUGUGGUUGGGAGUGAGGAGGGCACUGUGUACACUGCAUCCAGACAUGGCAGCAAGGCAGGCAUCUGUGAGAUGUUCGAGGGCCACCAGGGGCCGGUGACGGGCAUCAGCUGCCACAGCGCAGUGGGCACCGUCGACUUUUCCCACCUCUUCAUCACAUCCUCCUUCGACUGGACCGUCAAACUCUGGAGCACCAAGCACAACAAGCCUCUGUACUCAUUUGAGGACAACGCCGACUAUGUGUAUGACGUCAUGUGGUCGCCCGUACACCCUGCCAUCUUCGCCGCCGUGGAUGGCAUGGGCCGCUUAGACCUGUGGAACCUCAACAACGACACUGAGGUACCAACUGCCAGUGUGACCAUUGAAGGCGCUUCUGCCCUCAACAGGGUACGGUGGUCGUCAGGGGGGAAGGAGGUGGCUGUGGGGGACUCAGAAGGCCGAGUCUGGAUCUACGAUACUGGAGAGCUGUCAGUGACUCACACUGAUGACUGGUCGCGCUUCGCUCGUACCCUGAUGGAGAUCCGUGCUAACCGAGCUGACGGCGAGGAGGAGGGGCCUAUGGAGCUGCCUUCAUAG